UUAAAUUAAAUAAAAAGUAAAAUUCUUUUUGUUGUUCUAAAAUUAUUAGCUAUUUCAAAAAGAGUAAGUAAAUAAAAUAAUUAGAAAAUGAGAAUAAAACAUAUUAGAUUAGUGUCUAAAGGACUCAUAGUUAUUACAAUUUUUGCCUUGUGUCUUUGCUUAACUUAAGCAGAUGACUCGUAAAAACCUGAAGAUGUAGAGGCAUUUUUAGAUCCACAAAAUUCAAUAUUUAAUGAGCAAUCAAAUGAAAAUUUAUAACCUGAUAUUUUAAAUAGACCUUUGCCUCCAAAUCGCAAGCCUCCCACUCUUCCAAAAAGGCCAAAUAGCUAAAACUAAUAGAAAACUCUUACUGAAUAGCAAAGAGAGCUUUAAUUGAAAAAAAUCGAAUAGGAAAAGCUAAGUAUUGAAACUAAGAUGUAGUAAAUUGAAUAAGAAUUAAGAGAAUAAUAAAAUAUUGAAAUUCUAAAUUAGUAAGAAUUAUAAUAACUCCUUUAAGAAGAAGAAUAAACUCUUAAUUCUUAAACUGAAGAUGUUGAAGACAUUUAAAAAUAAUAAGAUGAUUACAUUUAACAACAAAAGAAGAUCUUUGAAGCUGAAUAGGAAAGGUUAAAAAGGCUAAAAGAAUAGGAAGAGCUACUUAGAAUAUAACGUGAGCAAGAAGAAUAACGUAUAAGAGAACAAUAGCAGGAAAUUGAAAGGUAAAUUGAAUAAAAUCGCUUAGAAUAAGAAAGAAUAAAACGUGAAAAGGAGGAAUAAAACCGUAGAAAGAGAGAAGAAAUCCAAAGAAAAAAAGAUGAAAUUUAAAGAAAAUAAGAAUAAAUGCGUUUAGAAUAAGAAUAAAGAUUAAAGUAGCAAGAUGAACUUUAGAGAAAAAGACAGGAAUAGGAAAAGAAGUUUAAUGAGCAAAGAGAGCUCUUAGAGAAGUAGCGUUAAGAAUAGGAAUUGCUUAAAAAAUAGAGAGAAGAAGCUGAGCGUAGGAGAAGAGAGCAAGAAUUAUAACGUAAAAAAAUGCUUGACGAUCUUUAGCGUUAAAAAGAAGAACAAGAAAUCAAAAAGAAGGCCGAGGAGGAAGAAGCUGCUCUUAGGCUUUAAAAGCAAAAAGAAGAAUUAGAGUAAAUCUUAAAAAGGCGUGAGGAGAUGAGAAUAGAGCAAGAGAAUUCUGAUAGAAUACGCUAAUAAUAAGAAUAUUUGAAGAAACUGCAAGAAGAAGCUGAGCAAAUAAGAUUAUAGCAGAUGGAAGAAUAGCAGAAAUUGGAAAAGGAAAGAUUAAACAACCAGUAAAAUAACGAAUAAAAAGAAGAGCUUGAAACAUAAUAGUAGCAUGAAGAGCUAGAAAAGUAAAAGAGAGAAAUAGAAGAAAAGUAAAGAGAAAUUGAAAUCUAAAAGAAAUUGGAAGAGGAAGAAUUACAAAGAAAGAGAUAAGAACAUGAGCUAAGAGUUUAAAAAUAAAAAGAAGAGAUAGAAAGAUUAUAGCUUGAGGAGUAAGAGAGAUAGAAAAAGGCUGAUUAGGAAGAGUAACUCCGUUAAGAGUAGCUUCAAAAGCUUUAAUUUGAAAAUGAGUAGUAAGAGAGAGAGCAAGAAAUAUUAAGAUUACAACAGAUGUAAAAAGAAGAAGAGUUGAAUCGUCUGAACAAUGAAUUAUAACAAUAAGAAGAAAUUAUUAGAAGAGAGAAUGAAGAAUAAGAAAGACUACAAAAAGAGCAAGAACUUCUUUAAUAAUAAUAAUAAAUUGAAAAAUAAAGGGAAGAAUUAUUAAAAAAAGAAGAAGAAGAACUUAAUAAAUCUAACUAAAACAUUAUUAUUGAUGAUCAUGAUCAUCACCAUGGACACGACCAUCACCAUCAUCACGGCCAUGGUCAUGGUCACGAUCACGAUCAUGAUCACUCUAAUAUUUAAGUUAACUUUGGGGAUGAUUAAAAAAAGGAGGCUAAAGAUGAAGAUAAAAUUCAAUAGCCUGAAUAAAGUUUAGGAGAAAAAUACUAAGAAAUCAUGAACGAUUUUAUCUAGUUCAUAGAAUAUAGCAUGAAAAAUAUUAUUCAUCCUGGUUUUAACUAUAUUAGAAGUCAUGAGCCUUUCAAUUACAUUUGCUUUACAUAUGCACUAAUCAUCCUAAUUAAAUUCAUUUCUAAAAAGUUAUUCUCUUCUGGAGGUAUGCAGAUUUAGGGUGGAGCUAAAUUUAAUCUCUCUGCUGAAGCCGAAAUGGACUUUACUGACCUUACUAAUUAGCUUGAAGCUCUCAGCAAGGAAGUUAGAUAAUUAGAAUAAGUUAUCAAUUCCAAGAGCCCAGCUUCUUCUGCUGUAUAACAACCAAUUUCUAAUUAAAAGGCUUAAGCUGUGAUUCCUGAUACUCGUAAAAUUAAUGAAUCUCUGAUUUAGAAAAUAGAAAAGAGCGAAGAAUCUGUCAAGCAGUUAACAAAUCAAUUUAAUUCUUUGAAGUAGUUUUAAGUUUAAUUCUAAUAAAGUAUUUUUGAUACCUAAAAAGAAAUUAUCAAAGAAGUGCAUCAAUUAAAAUUGCAAAGAAAGAGAAGAUAACCAAGUAGUGUAACAGAUGUGGCAUUAACUGGAAUAAAUAACCAAAAUGGUACUAAUUUGAAUGAUUCUUCUCGUAUCUCUCGUAAGUCAUCAUAUAGCGAAAUUAAUAACAGCACAUCUGAAGUUUAGUAGUAAUCAGUCUCAUAAAAAAGUGAAAGACCUUCAUAUAAUAGCAAUAUAGAAUAAAAGGCAACUUCAUCCAGAAACUAACAUUAAAAAAAGCAACACAAUUCUAAAAAAGAAGGUUUAAAUAACUCUGUUUCUUAGGAAAAUCUUUCAUAGUAAGCAUAGUCUGAUAGUGUUUAAAUAGUAGAAUCAGAAAAUGCACAGAAUAAUUAUGGAAACGAAGCUGCAGAAUUGGAAUAACAAUAAGAUAAUUAAUAAACUGUGUAAUAUGAAUAACAAUAAUAACUUAAUCAAUAAGAUUUAUAAAACUAAGAAAAUAACCUCUAAGAAGAUCAAGUAGCUAGAUCAGGUUCUUAAGGACGUAAGGGAAGUGCUAGAUUAAUUGAGGAGCAAUUUUAAAGUUCAGACGAAAAUAGCUUCUUUGAUUAGCAAGUUAAUUAAUUGAGCAAUAACUUGCACUAGAAGAAACAAUAAUAAUAAGAAUAUUAACAAGUCGAGAGCUAAGAUAAUCAAGAAUUCCUUUACUAAUAAUAAAUGGAAAUGAAUACUUAAAGCAAUUAGCAAUAAAAUCUUCAUUAACAUCAUCAUUAGCAGUAAUAACACCACCAUCACCAUCAUGGACAUCAUGAAAAUAAUACUCAUUAGCAUAGUAAUUAUCCAUAACAGUAACAAUAGUCGAAUUAACACCAUAGCAAUAGCCAAUAAAAGCUAGGAUCCCCUAAUUUAACUUAAGUACCUCCCCCAAGUAUGUAGAGCUAAAAUAUCACUAGAAAUUCACCAUUUUAAUAAGGAAUGGCUCCUUAAAGAAAUAAGAGCAAUCAAGGAUUUUCUUUAAAUACUGAUUAAACAGGUGAAAAUCAUAUACCUGAAGAUGCUACUGUAGUUAUGACACCAGAUUAACACAGCUAGCAAAAUCAUAAUCCUUUUACUAUCCCACGUCCUGUUGGAUAAGUUGGUGCAAAAGUUCCAACUACUGGUCGCCGUUAGCCUCCAAAUGCUUUUGCAAACUAAUUCUAAAAUAAGCAUAAUCCAACAUAAAAGUAAUUUACUGCUUUUCCUUCUAACUAAACUUAGCAGUGA